GUCCAAAGGCAAACUACUAACGGAUAAGCAGCGGGAGAGCUGAAAAGAAGAUAAGCUCUCCACCACAAAAAAAAAAUCUUACAAGACCUGAGGACAAGAGACUCUCUUGUUCUCACGACACCUUUCUUACACACAACAACAAUGGCUUCUUUACAAAACUCACCCUCAGUUUAUCAUACAUUAUCUCCAUAUUCUCUCCCUCAGGUCCUCCCUUUCUCUGACUCUCUCUACAUUAGCAAUACAUGUCGGUGUGAAUGUUUGAAUUUUAUUAGAAAAACAGAUGUCACAUUAUGGGUUUCUCGUUUAUGUGUACAGGUCGGAGGAGCACAAAAGAAUCAUGGAAUGUUGUCUUUCUGUAGAAGAGGCCUUUCUUUUCUUGUUAGGGCCGAGCAAUCAUCACCAAAUUCAACUUCUCUUUCUCAAGUUAGAUUUGGGAGACGUGAAUUGAUAGCAGUGAGUGUCAUUGCACCUUGGGUAUCCAUGGUUAACCAAACUCCUCCAUCAUUUGCUGCAGAAUCUAAAAAGGGAUUUCUUUUAGUCACGGACAAGAAGGAUGGAUACUCAUUUCUCUACCCAUUUGGGUGGCAGGAAGUUGUCAUCGAAGGACAAGACAAGGUCUUUAAAGAUGUCAUCGAGCCCUUAGAAAGUAUCAGUGUGAAUGUGAUCCCUACCGUCAAACAAGAUAUUCGAGACUUUGGACCUCCACAACAGGUUGCUGAAACAUUGAUAAAAAAGGUUUUGGCCCCUCCUUCACAGAAAACAAAACUAAUUGAGGCAAAAGAGCACGGUGCUGAUGGGAAAAUUUAUUACACAUUUGAGUUCGUUGCUCAGGCUCCAAAUUUUACCCGCCAUGCUCUUAGUGCAAUCGCUAUUGGCAAUGGUAAAUUCUACACUUUGACAACGGGAGCCAAUGAACGAAGGUGGGAGAAGAUGAAGGAUAAAUUGCAGAUGGUCAUUGAUUCCUUCGAAAUUUUCAAUGUUUGAUGUCGUUGUUCAGUUUUCAGUUCACUUUUCCUGCUAGGAACAACCCUCUCUUAAGAGUUGUACGAGGCACGUUUCUUAUCACCAUGUAUUCCUCCCCAUUUCCCUUCUUUCUUCUCCUUUUCCCUUUUCUGUUGUAGAGGAACCUCCCCAUUUCCCUUCUUUCUUCUCUUUCACCCUUUUCUGUUGUAGAGGAACAUCUGAUAUACGAAGUUCUAUGGGUCUUGAUAUGAAAAUAAACCUCCCCUUCACUA